AGUGAACAGACUGAUUUGCAGACAUUUUGCAGUUCCUUAGUUCUCGUGUCAAAUUCAUUUUUUCGUGGAGCCGUGGAACUGUCUGACGGCACUCGUUCUGAAGUCAGAGAGGAGGUUAUACCGGUUGUGAUCUAAUAAAAGGAAAGUGAAAGCACACGAUGUUCGUCGCAAGGAGGGGUUUUAAUGGCUUGUAUCCAAGCUAUUUGAGAAUCGCUAAGAUGAGCCAAUUGGGAGACCUAGGAAGCGGUGCAGGCAAAGGAGGCGGCGGUGGUGGCUCCAUUCGUGAGGCUGGAGGAGCCUUUGGCAAGAUGGAGGCUGCUCGCGAGGAGGAGUACUUCUACAAGAAGCAACAAGAGCAGUUACAUAAACUUCACAAUGAUAUGAUCAAACAAGAUGACUUCCACAAGCAACAGAUUGCAGAACACGAGGCCGCAAUCAAGCGUCAUAAGGAGUUCCUUGAGAAGAUGAAAAAAUAGAAUUGUGUAGCCGAUAGUACAGAAUAUAUUGUGUUUUUUUAUUCGUAA